GUAGCCCCGUCUCGGUGCGCUCUGUUUUCCUCCGUUUCGGUAGCUGCUAACGGAGCUAGUUUACUUGACAAUAAACCCCUGCAGAGAAAAAACAUUGAAAACCUUAAAAGCUUCUGCUUUAUUUUAAAAGAUCGAGACAGGAUGAGGAAGAGGACCAGAGAGCAUGACGCUGGGUCACCUGACUCUGAUCAGCCAACCAAGAUCUUCUCCAAGUAUGAGGUACAGGGUCUGGUGUGUAUUAACCAGGUACAGGGUCUGCUCCAGCAGGAGGUGCAUAGCGCCAUGAAACAGUCUGAAUCCAAGAUGGAGUCGCUACUAGAGAGGGUCCAGCUACUGGAAUGUGAACCCAAAUACGACCUGGUCAUACGCAGACUGGAGGCUCACAUAAAGAAGGUGAAGAGGAGGGGCGAUGCAGCCAUUUCUUAUGUCAGGAUGCUACGACCUCCAUUAGUGAAACGCAAUCAGAGGAUGCUGGGUUCUGGUCUUGUGGACCUGACUGAGACCGAGACUGAGAGAGGACUGAGUACUGUGGACAUCAGCAGGUCAGAUUCUGAUGAGGAAGACUCAGCUGAGAAGCAGAGGAAGAGGAAGGUGGUAGAUGGUUUCUGGCAGAAAAUGAUGUCCAAUAAGAAGGCCCCAGACACGAAGAGAGAAAAGGAGAGGAAUGGAAAGAAACACAACAGCCCUCUUCCUCCUACCACUCCUCCUCUUCCUCCUACCACUCCUCCUCCACCUCGUUCUCCUCUUCCUCCCGUUCUCUCUCAUCAAAUACUGAAGGUAGAGGCUUCUGCAGUACCAGUGACCAGACCUCCAGUCACGUCUCCGGACGUUCCAGUGAAAACGGAGGGCACGGUGAAGAUGGAAACCACCGUUAAGACAGAGGAGUCCUCGUCUCCUCCUGUCGCUCUUCGUGUUCCUCCGUCUCAGAGUGAGCUGCUGUCCCAUCUCCCUCCUCUCCCCCCGACCCCUUUCCCUUCCUCCCUCCCCCUCGAGGCCGCCUCCUACUCCAUCCCCCAGAAGCCCCUAGUACACCUGGCCCGUAUCCGAAACCCUGCCCCCUGUCUGGUCAUCCACUGGAGGGUCACUGAGGAAGACCCCGCAGCGCCGGACAUGGACAGUUACAGUAUCUACAUCGCUCAAGAGAGUCAUAGCAGCAGCGUCUCCCCGUCCUGGAGGAAUGUGGGUGUGGUCAAGGCCCUGGCCCUGCCCAUGGCUGUCACGGUAACCAAGUACCAAUCGGGUACCACCUACGUCAUCGUGGUGGGCAAGGACCGGUACGGUCGCUACGGACCGUACAGCGACAUACAGACUGUCCUCCUGGCAUAGAGACGUGGCUGGGAGUUCUGCCCGUCUAGAUUGAAGGCCACUCUGGGCCCCCACCCCACCCCCCAGGGGUGAGAGUUGAAAGGUUACUGAGAUCUAGUGACCUACUAGACUCCCGGUAUUCUCUGUGCUACCAUCUAAAGAGGAACAGAAGAAGAAAGAAAUGAUUUUUUUUGUGUGUGUGUUUUCAAAUAGCAUUACCGAUCCAAUGAAGGAUACGCAGCGACACGUCUCCCAACUCACUCUAC